CCGGCCUACCUACGGUCACACUACUUGUCUGUUUACGUGUAUUUCCUUAUUUUGGAUUUUGUUUUAUUUACCCCAAAAAUCCAAUUAAAUAUGACGAACCUGCAACGCUGGCUCUUCUACGCCUCGCUCUUUGCAGUGCCCUAUCUGGCCAUUGUCUUGGGAACGGUGCAAACCCAGUUUACUACCAAGUAUUUCCUACACAUUCAACUGCUCCCCUUGCUGCUGCUGGUGAUUUUCGGCAUAUUUUCGGCGUGGACUGUCUUGUACCGGACUUUUACUUUCAACGACUGCCCCGAGGCCGCCAAGGAGCUGCAGGCUGAGAUUCUGGAGGCACGCAAGGACUUGAUAGCCAAGGGAUUUCGGUUUCGCGACUGAGGUGGGGGGUUCCCAACUCCCCAGGACUUGUGCAUGUUAAUCUGUAAUUCCAUUAUUUAUAUAAAGUUACGCAAAUGUA